CUGAUAGACGGCACUGACUGGCAUCACUGCUGGGCACUGACUGGCGGCACUGACUGGCACAACCCCUGGGCACUGACUGGUGGCACUGACUGGCAGCACUGCUGGGCUGCACUGGUGGGUGGCACUGGUGGGCAGCACUGGUGGGUGGGCACAGGUGGGUGGCACUGGUGGGCACAGGUGGGCGGAACUUGCGGGUGGCACUGCUGGGCACCGAUCAUCAGGGCACUGAAUCAGUGCCCUGAUGAUCGGUGCCGAUCCCCGCUCUGACAACUGCCGGUUCUCGGCAGUACUUUCCUCACGAUCUGACAGCGUGAGGAGAGUGCAGCCGAGAACCGGCACUUGCAU